AAGUAGCAGACGAAAUGUCAGUGUUAGGACAUGUUACAAAAUGGACUCGUCCAAAAUUAGACGUUUUAUUGACAAUGGAGUGAAUUAAAUUCUAAAAACAAAAAAAAAAAAAUAGAAAAACAUAUAAAACCAUAAGUUUUAUUCCAAUAAUGUUAAUUUGCAAUUCACUGGAUUUGCAAAUAUUGAGAAAAAUUGAACAAAAUUUUUCUUGUUCUGAAGGUUAAAAAUUUCUUAUAUUCUAUAGGUCAUUAGCUUCCGUAAAAAGAAUGUAAAUAGAAAUCAUAUGAUCUGCCAAGGACUCUAUUCAAGAGGUCAACUUAAUUAUAUUAUAUUGACCCAGAAUGUCGGACAUAACAGAAGGAUUUAUUAGUGGAGGUUUUGUGUUUUAUAAUAAUUUUGACUCUGCAAAUUUAGCGAGAGUCAUACAAGUUGAUAUCAACGCAAUAAAUGACAAUGAAGAAAAUGAAAAUGACACUAAAUCCUGUAAAAAUGAUUUAGUCGAAGAAAAUCUCGACUAUGAAUUUAAUUUAUGGACAAAACACGAUUGUCAUGGAACAGAAUAUGAAAAUAGUAAUAGAACAUGGUUUUAUUUUGGAGUUAAGGCUGCAAAACCGGGAGCAUUUGUUCGACUUAAUGUCAUUAAUCUCAAUAAGCAGGUAAAAAUGUUUAGCCAAGGCAUGUGUCCCGUUUAUAAAAUUUUGCCAGGACAUCCUCAAUGGGAACGAAUUCGAGAUAAACCCAUCUACGCGUUGGACGAAAAAAGUAACGAAUUUACUUUGUCAUUUAAUUAUCGAACUCCAGAUAAUCCCAAAGCCAUAACAUAUUUUGCGUUUACGUAUCCAUUCACGUAUAAUGAUUUACAAACGCAAUUGAAAAAAAUUCAAUCAAGAUUGUCACGAAGGACUAUUGUUUCUGUGGAUGAUAUUUAUUAUCAUAGAGAAUGUGUCAUUAAAUCAUUAGAGGGUCGAAGACUCGAAUUAUUAACUAUAAGUUCGUAUCAAAACAUAUCAAUGGAGAGAGAGGACAGGCUGAUGAAUUUAUUCCCAGAAAAGAAUGAAUUAAGACCAUUCAAAUUCAAAAAUAAAAAGGUAAUUUUUGUAAGUGCACGAGUUCAUCCCGGUGAAACGCCUUCCAGUUUUGUUUUAAACGGUCUUUUAAAUCUCCUAUUAAAUCGAGAAGAUCCAAUAGCAAUAACUUUACGCCGACUUUACGUGUUCAAAUUAAUUCCAAUGUUAAAUCCCGAUGGAGUGGCAAAAGGUCACUAUCGAAUGGACACAAAGGGUGUUAAUUUAAACAGGGUAUAUUUAAAUCCAUCAGAAAACGAUCAUCCAACAAUAUUCGCUGCGAGAACGUUAAUUAGAUACUACCACAAUUUCUACAAGCUGCCAGAAGAGACUGAAAUCGAAAUCGAAAAUUCUCACGUAAGUUUGGAAGUGAAUCGCGAAAGCAACAUAAUUAUUCCAGAAAGUGUAACUAACGUAGUUAGAGAUACAACUAAUCAUCUUCUUGAACAAGUCACUUUAAUGUCACUGGAUGAAAAAAGUAAAAGUGAUUUAACUUAUGACAAAUGCCAUAAAGCUAAAGAAAACAUUUUACGAGAAAAAUCUAAAGAUCAUUUAGAAGAAAGACGAAGACCAGAAACUGCAGACAAUAAAAGAUCAUACAGAUUAAGUGGAAUAGUAAAACCGUCUAAUGAUUCCGAAGAUUCUGGACUAUUUCUUUAUAUUGAUUUACAUGGUCAUGCAUCGAAAAAAGGAAUAUUUAUGUAUGGAAAUUAUUUCGAUGAUUCUGAUGAGUCAACAACAUGUUUAUUGCUACCAAAAUUAAUGUCACUAAAUAAUCCAAAUUUUCAUUUUACUUCAUGUAAUUUUGCCGAGAGAAAUAUGUAUCUAAUAGACAAAAGGGAUGGUAUGUCAAGAGAAGGAUCGGGUCGAGUGGCGGUUUAUAAAUUAACAGGUUUGAUUCGCAGUUACACACUUGAGUGUAAUUACAAUUCGGGUCGAUUAAUUAAUGCUUUACCACCACGAGUGCGCGAUACCAUCAAUAAAAUUCAAACGCCAAUUUAUGUUCCUCCAAAAUAUACGCCAGCUGUUUAUGAAGAAGUGGGUGCAGCAUUAGGACCCUCAAUUUUAGAUUUAACAGGCAGCAAUCCAAAUAGUCGUCUAUCAAAUAGCCAAUAUCAUUCGCUGAGGGGUUUAAAGUCCUAUUUAAAAUUAACACACGCCAACAAUUGUACCGCUCCAUUGCACAAGCCACUUCAUAAGGAGAACAGUGGAAUAAGUGGAGCAAGUGUCAGUACACAAGAAAAUAAUUCACAAGAGAAAAUUGAAAUGACAGUAGUAAAAAAUUCAACUUCAAUUGAAAAUUCAACAAAAAUUGAAAUAAAUCUAAUAAAGAAACCAUGUAUCGUACGAAGAACCACAUCACUAUACACAGCGAUAAAGAAAAUAAAAACCAACAAAAAACCCCGACAAAUUAUAAAUCGUAAAUUAGUAAAACCACAAAAUUCAUCAAAUCAAAAAUCAUCAAUUCAAAAUACAUCAUUAAUAACAAAAAUUCAAACUAAAAAUCAAUUGAGAAUAAAAAAGAAAUUUCAAAAAAUUCCCGACUAUCGUCAAACAACAAUUGAAUCAACAACGGCACAAAAUUCAUUUGAUGAUAAAUGUACUCUCAUUGUACAAACAAAAAAACGUCGGUCAAUUAUUAAAAAUCAUAAUAAUAAAAUUAUCAAUAAUCAAAAACAAAAUAAUAUGAAUAUGGAAAUAACAACAAUUGUUAAACAAGGUUCAAAAAGAUUAAAAGUCAUUGGAGGACAAAAAAUAAUAAAAACACGUCCUGAAAUUGGCGAAUCACCAACGACGACAACAACAUUAAAUGAAAAUAAUUUUUCAGAUGAAAAAAAUAAAAUUAAAGCCACAUCGUCGCGUUCUAUUUGUUUAAAUAAUAAACAAAAAUCAAAUGCAGUGGCUUAUGUGAAAAAUAAGAAACACGUUUUAAAAGUUGAACAAACAAAUAAAUUUAAAAAGUCUUCCAAUAAAAUGAAGAUGAAAAAUCGUAAGAAAAAUGAAUUGUGCGAUUCAACUACUGUUAAUCAAAUUUCUAGUGAUACUAGUAAUUAAUUUUUUUUUUUUUUUCUGGAAAAUUUUCAUUUUAUGCAGUUCAUCUGCGACAAAAAAAAAACUAUAUAAAUGACAAUUUUUUUCAGACAAAUUUCUAUUUGUUUUAGGAAAACUAUUUAAAGGAAUAUUAAAAAAAAAAUCAAAGAAUAAUUCAUGUGACAUUUUAAUUAAAAGAUUAUUUUUGGCUUAAAUAUAAUUUU